AUGGAGGACGCUGCCCUGCCGGGGUGGGUGCUCCCCGUCACGCUCGUCCUCGGUGCGAUAGUGCUGGCGUUCAUAAGAGUCUGGUUUGGCAUCGACGAGAAGAAGAAUCGAAAGUAUGCUGGCAAACGAGCGGUCGCCACGAAGCCAAUCCAGAAGCCGCUGGGCCGGUACACGAAGGAGGAGGUCGCCCGGCACGCCUCGGAGUCGGAUCUUUGGCUCAUCAUCCGCAGCAGGACCACGGGCGUGGCAGGGGUGUAUGACGUCACGCAGUACAUUGAGGAUCACCCGGGGGGCGAUGCCAUCUUCACGCAUGCUGGGGGCGACGCCACGGAGGGUUUCCACGGCCCCCAGCACCCCGCCACUGUGCAUGACUUGGUCCGUGAGUAUCUCAUCGGCACCCUCGUGGAAGGAGGAGAUGCUGGCGAGGCCAAGACGUUCACAGCCCAGGCCGAGUGGAAGGUGCAAGGGAGCCUGGCAUGCGCCUAG